AUGACCAUGGUGCGGCUGGCUGUUCUCAUCCUCUUGGUGGUCAUCCUGGCUAAGCUGGGAACGUCCAAGACGGCCCCAGCGAAAAAGGGGGACAAACAUGAGACAGAAGAACCUCCAUCUCCAGAGGAGCAAGAAACAGAAGAGAAAGCGGAAACAAAGAAGUCUGACAAAUUGAAGUAUCUCGAACGUAAGAUGGAAUAUCUGGACAAAUUGAAUAAGAAGAUGGUCAUAAGUUCUGCUAAGUUUGAAAGAGAAGUGGCAGGUUUCCGUAAACAGAUGGAGAAAGGGAGAGCAUCAGUACAGAAUGACCGGAAAAGACUGAGAUUGAUUGAAAUAGCCAUGAAAGGUAUUUCCCGUGUGGCAAGUUUGAGAGGACUAAAGACAUCUGCUGCAAUUGAAAACAGAAAUGCCACAAACGUCGCCACUGCAAAAGUGCGAAAACAUUCAAAAAGGGUCAAAGCUGCUAAUGCAAGAAACAAGAUCAAGCGGAAAUCUAGGAAAGGCAAAGGCAAAACUGUCUCUAAAACAGGACAAGAAGAAUCGCCUGCAAGUGAAACAGACGAAGAUGCCACCGGUGACAAAGUUACCCCUGCUCUUCGUGCCCAGAAAAAGCGAAAACGUUCAAGAAGGGUCAAAGCUGCUUGUGCAAGAAACAAACAGAAAUCGAGGAAAGGCAAAGGCAAAGCUGUUUCUGAAACAGGACAAGAAGAAUCGCCUGCAAGUGAAACAGACGAAGAUGCCACCGGUGACAAAAUUACCAUUGCUGUUCAGAAAAAGCGAAAACGUUCAAGAAGGGUCAAAGCUGCUCGUGCAGGAAACAAACAGAAAUCGAGGAAAGGCAAAGGCAAAGGCAAAGCUGUUUCUGAAACAGGACAAGAAGAAUCGCCUGCAAGUGAAACAGACGAAGAUGCCACCGGCGCCAAAGUUACCCCUGCUCUUCGUGCCCAGAAAAAGCGAAAACGUUCAAGAAGGGUCAAAGCUGCUCGUGCAAGAAACAAACAGAAAUCGAGGAAAGGCAAAGGCAAAGGCAAAGGCAAAGCUGUUUCUGAAACAGGACAAGAAGAACCGCCUGCAAUUGAAACAGACGAAGAUGCCACCGGUGCCAAAGUCCCAGACAAAGUUACCCCUGCUCUUCGUGCCCAGAAAAAGCGAAAACGUUCAAAAAGGGUCAAAGCUGCUCGUGCAGGAAACAAACAGAAAUCAAGGAAAGGCAAAGGCAAAGCUGUUUCUGAAACAGACACCGAUGAAGAUCUCAUGGACCCAGUGGACACAGCCGAUGAAGAGAACACGGGUUAG